AUGUGCCCAAUAUGUCUAACUCACCCAGAAACCACGUCCCAUGUUCUAUGGACGUGCAAAGCAGCCCAAGAUGUAUGGAGCAAUAGUUCGAGAAGAUCACAGAAAAGCAGGACUGAGGAGGCUCCUUUUUAUGAGUUGCUCACAGAGCUUCUAUCUACUCUUCCUAUAGAGGAACACACUAAGCUAGCUCUCAUAGCUAAGGAACUCUGGUACAGAAGGAACAAAUUUAUCUUUGAAUCCAGAUUCACCUCACCUCAACAGGUUUUAAAGCUUGUCUCCACCAGCAUAUCAAACUUGGAUGAGCUAGAAAGACACCAACUGAAGAUAACUCCCAAAAGCCAGUCUCUUGCCAAGUGGUGUAAGCCUCCUACCAACAGCUAUAAAAUAAAUUGGGAUGCAGCCAUCGACAAGGUUAACUGCAAGGUGGGCAUCGAUGUGUCAAUCAGAGAUUGGAAUGGCCUUGUGACAGCAACACUCAGGAGCCCUUGUUACUAUUUUCGUGAUCCACUUAUGGGAGAAGCAUUAUCUGCUUUGAGAGCUGUGCAAUUCGACAUCAAGAUCGAACUUAACAAUGUCAUCUUCAAAGGGGAUUCAAAGCAGGUGAUAAACGGCAUAAAUGUUUCAAUUGAAAAUUGGAGUAUUGCGGGUUGA